UUGCUACUAACGUGUAUGUUAUGUCAAAAAGACUACCAUUUUGUUCGCCUAAUUAUUAAUCUGGCACAGUGUGCACGGAAAUGGGCAACAAGGUGGUCACGUUUACAGAAGCGCAGCUGGAAGAUUAUCAGGGUGUACAAACGAUACAGAGCUAUUUGCCCGGAAGUAGUGCCAAAAAAAAUGACAGGCGACGAACCGGUGAACAUUCAAGUACCGCAGGAAUGUAUCGAACAACUACCGGAACUCAAAGAAAACCCGUUCAAAGCGCGUAUAUGUCAAGUUUUCUCUAAAGAAGGUAACGGUUCAUUGAGCUUUGAAGAUUUCUUGGACUUGUUAUCUGUGUUCAGUGAACAGGCACCCAGGGAUAUCAAAGUGUUCUACGCUUUCAAAAUUUAUGAUUUCGAUGACGACAAUCACAUCGGCCCGUCAGAUUUGGAACAAGUAUUAAAACUUUUGACGAGGGGUCAACUUACCACGGAAGAAAUGGCACAGGUAUGCGAGAAGGUAAUCGAAGAAGGAGAUGUGGACGGCGAUGGAAAACUGUCUUAUAUGGAAUUUGAACACGUCAUUUUGAGGGCACCAGAUUUUCUGGGAACUUUUCACAUUAGAGUUUAAAUUUACUAUAGAAUGUACACAGAUACACAUAAUGUACAAUAAAAAGUUUCAAAUAAUUUUACUAACAAUAAUUUCAAAAUUGUUUGUUUAUUAGUCUAAAAAAAGUAUGUACACUAUUUUAAUAAAUAUUAUGAUUACACUAGUCAAAAGAAAUUUUAU